GCAAAUAUGAAAUGACAAACUAAACCAAAACACACGGAUAAUAAAAUUUGUGACAAUACCCACAUACGGAACUGACCUACACAAAUCAAUGUUUAAAUUGGAAACUUUAUUGCAAUCAAUCUUUCACAUUUGUUUUAUAUAUUUUGUGGUAAAAUUGUUCGUCGGAAUGAAAUCUCUCCCAGCAAUCAUCCCUUCAGAGCUGCGGUUGUGUGAAUCAACGGAGUUCACGCUGAUUCAGCUCAAAUAAAUAAACUACGUAUAGGACUUUGUUUUGGUUGCUGGAAUAGCAUUAACGGGAUAUGCAAAUGGAAAAUAGCCAACGUCGGGAGAAUGCAGUGCCACAGAGAACAUUGGAAUUUAGGCAAGCCAUGAAAGAUUUUCGGACAAUGUUUCCUACUCUGGAUUCUGGUCUUAUAGAAUGUGUAUUGAGAAGUAAUGCAGGACAUGUUGACUCAACCAUUGAUCAAUUAUUACAAUUAUCUCAAGACCCAAAUGCAAAAACUAGAAAUAGAGGAGGAUGGAAUGCAAAUGAGGACAGUACAGACACUGAUGAUUCCAUUCCUUCAGAGUUGCUUGAUCCGCCCACUUCUAGUGAUGAUGAUAUACCAGUGAGAGAUCCACCACCAAUGUACACUCCAAGGGUUGGUGACCCGCCUCCAAAUUUUUUUGGUCCAAAUCAGCCUGUCGAGGUUCCAGUUAGUGAGAAAAAAAGAGGAUCUCACAAGCAUUCUAAAUCUAAUGGAUAUCAUACAAAGACGUCUAAAAAGUGUUAUAGAGCCUGGAACCCACCUAUGCUUGGUGCUCUACCUGAUGACUUUCUCCGAAUAUUACCGCAGCAAUUCUUGGAUCCCUCAUCGUCAAAAGAAAAAUCUAAAAAAAUUUCCUCUGGAUCAAAGAAACGUACUCCACCAACGAGUAGUAACUCAGGACAUAGAAGUGUAGAUCCAGUAUUCUCUCAUCGAUCGACUCAUUCUGGAGAUCGAGAACUUUCUACUCGUCAUGAGAAAUAUACUCCACCCAUACUCAAUAACCCAGCAUCGACUACUCCAUUGAGCCAUCAUUCUCCAAGUAUUAAUAACGAGUCUACUGAUGAAGACCUAACCCCGCCUCCUCGCCCUCCAAGGACUAUCCAACCUAGAAGGUUGCCUCAAUAUAAUGAACGAGACCGGAAUUUACCUCUUCAUUCUGAUUCGAUUGUACCAGGGAACUUAUCGAUACGUCUUGCUUCUGAAAGUCGAGGUUUCCAACAUCAGUCUAUGGAUCCUACUCUAUCUAAUGGACAAAGACAAAGGCAUCAUCAUAGGAGUUCAAGAUCAAACCAUAGCAGAUCACAUAAUAAUUUGCCUCUACAACAAAAUUUACCAAGUUAUAAUCAAACUACAAAUUUGAAUGGAAGCAAUCAUAUAACGAGAAGAAGCAGUGAUUUCACUUCUCGGAGAAUGGUAAUGGUGUCACGAACUUCCGAGCCUGCGAUAUCGGUAUCACAUAAUAACGGCAAUCACAAUGGUUUUCAAUCUCCAAUUAAUAACGAUAGACCUUCAUCACAUCGAUCUUAUCAUAGAUCAUCAUCAAAUUCAUUUUCAAGUAAUCAUCAUCAUCACCAAACAUCAUCUGGACAUCAUAGUCCAGUGUUUCAAAGAGGAGGAAGUCCAGCUUUUAUAUCUUCUCAAUCUCGUUCUGGAAGACCAUCAAGUGCAUCAAGUUCUAGAUCGAGACCUCGAACCGCUCAUGAACAAGAACAAUAUGUUGAAGAUCAAAAACUCGCUAUUUUGUUGCAAAACGAAGAAUUUAUACGGGAAUUGAAACGUAACGAUGAAUUUUUAAAAGCUUUGGAGAAAGAUCGACCUAAUAAUAUAUCAUCGAUACCUACAACUCCAAUCGCGGAAAUAGCAGACAGGGAUAUUGUACCAUUACCAGAUCCUGAUGCGAAAUAUACGCACGGAUCACAAAAUCCUUCUGUUCUAAAAAGAGUGGGAAUGGAUGAUCCAGAAAAAGAAGAUGAAAAAAUGUUCAAAGAAAACCUUAAACAUAUGGGAAAAUCUGCCAGAAAAAAAUUCAAUGAAAUUGCAAAGAAAUUUUCAGUAAAGAGGAAAACUAGUUAUAAAUCAAUGAAGAACAUAGAUCCUGUUUUUGCAAACUGUGACGAUAAUUUUGAUGAAGUACCAGGACCUGUCCCACGUUCCCCUGUGUUCGACCUAUAAUAAUUCACUCAACUAUCUUUGUGAUUUAUUUUCUAAAUGUUUAUUUUAAAUCGUCUACAGCUGCUCAGGUCAUCGGUUAACUUUUCAAUUUUGCUUUUUUUUAUAGUAUCAAGCUUGCAAUAUUAUUAUAUUGAUACGCUAAUAUUAAUUACCAUAAGUACAUUUGAUAUUGGACUUUUAAGGACAAAUCAGCAGCCUAGAUCCUACUCUUUUGGCCACCACACGCGUCAGAUAUUUACCACGAGCGACUAAAAAUCAAAUUGAAGUAAUAAUACUUAAAUUGUGCUUGUUAUGUAUUCCACCAUUUUCUCUAUAUUUUUUUCAAAAUGGGUUGUUGUCAUAUCUUUUUACAAAUCAAGAGAGCAAUGCUGAAAUCAACAACAGAAAAUUUGUGUAUAGGCGUUUUUUUAGGACCUGCAAGUUUGGGGUAAAAUACUGGCCCCGGGUAGAAUAUGGAACAGAAUAUACAGCGUGGUCAAAAAAUCCUGUUGCAAUUCAAAAUCGAUUCUUAAUAUAUUUAAACCAGGUUUGUUUGAGAGAUGCUUCCAUCGAAAUUUUGAAUUCUUUAAGCCUAUGGUUUAAUUGAAAAGUUUUUUUGUCUCCAAAGCAACAACAUGACUGACUACAAUUUAGCAAAGGAAUUCAGAAGUCCUUUUAUGUUUAUUGGUGUUUACUAAUACCUGCUAUUAUUUUGAUUAAGCUAUCCUUUUUUGCUCGAGUGAAGUUACAAAUCCCUAUUACCAUCGUGCUUUAUGAUUUGUGUUGUUUUCUGCAAAUAUAUCUUUAUGUUUACCGUCCAAUAGUAAUCCUGUUGAAUUUUUUAUGGCUGUGUUAGAAAGCAAUUGAAUAUAAGAGUUUGAACUGUGUUUCAAAAAUAAUAUCAGAAAUACCCAUGUAAGAUUAUUCAUCUGUUUGCAAAGAAAAGCAAUUAAAAAGUGUUGAGUUUAGUCGUCAUCAUAAUAACAUAUAAUGAUUUUCCUUCAAUUUAUUUUUUAAUUUUUGCUUGCCAAACCAUGAAAGUUUCUUUAUGAAUUAAGUAUCAUCUGAUGCCUCAUUUGAAAUUAUCAUCUUUAUUCUUAUAUCAAUACCAUAUAUUAAGUACAGUUGCUACAUUUUCAUAUACUUGACAGAGGACUUAAAAAUGUAAACCUAUAUAAAUCUUGUGCUAUCGAUUGGGUUUCUACGAGACUAACUACUUCUCCGUCUUCUAUACUUUUGCGGAGGUGGAUUCGUAUGCAUAUAAUGCAAGGAUGCUGUAGCAAGUGUGAAGAUAACUUUCCUAAGUGAUUCAAGAGUCUUGCUGCACACUAACACAAAUCUAUUUUUGUAACAUUUCGUCUAACCAAGGUCAGACAAAACGUUACAGAAAUAUAUUUGUGUUAGUAUGCAGCAAGACUAUUGAAUCACUUGGAAUAUAUAAAUCUGUUUCAUUUAAUGCAAGCUGUAGCGUGGAAUUUUGUAAUAUUGCUCAUGGCUUUUAAUAGGCUCUUCCAACAUACAUUUACAUCUGAAUGUAUCUUCUCUCUGGGACAACCCAAAGCACCUGUUUGUGUUGUCAUCCUGACACGAUUACAGCUACGCUAUUGACCUGCGCCAAGAAGAUAUGAACCAAAUUAAAUGUAUAUUGUAUAAUGUAGUAAUGCAAGUUCGAAAAAAAACGCUUUUAGGUUCGAAAAAAAAGUCAUUUUAGGUGAAAUACAAUUUGUUGAAUCCAUGAAAAAUAUGCUGUUAUUAAAUUAUUUUCAUUCCCUGGUGAAACCUUCGAUAACAAUGUGAAAUGAUAAAAGAUUGCUCAUUUCUAUCCUAUUACUAAAAUUCAACAAAGUCUGAUUUUUACUUCGAUGUAAAUAAAUCCUGAUAUAUCUUGCAUCUGAAAAUGCAACAUUGCUAUCCUAUUAACCUUAUAAAGAUUAUUUUGUAUCUUGACAGUGCUGGGUAUAGGACCCCAAUCAAAUGAAAAAUUUUUAUAAGGAACUAUCCAAGAUACUAUUUCAUUUAUCCUUUGUAUUGUACAACAGGAAUUCUGAUGUAAUGACGAUUACAAAUAAACAUUUUAAAUAAUCAAAGCAUUGAUAUAUCCACUUAUUUUGCUGCAUUUUGAAUUAUUGCCAUAAAUACCCUCGUUUGAUUAAGACUAAUUACCUCUGACAAAAUUACAUCCAUUAAAUGUGGGAAGAGAUUUUUUAUCACUACUAAUAGCGAUGUUAGUAAUUUGUGGGAGAUUUGUUUAAAUGUGUUCUUCUGAUCAUUAUUUAACCAGAAAAUAUAUGGAAUAUUUCUGAAGAAUGUAAUUUUAACAUUAUGGUUCUUCAUAGUCCAUAUAUUCUGACUUUGAAUCUCAAUAUGAUGCCAAUAUUUGUCAUAGUGGUUCUAAAAAUUUCUAUGUCACUACGAUACCAUUACACCAGGCUUAGUCUACUGCAAGAGCGAAGCCAGCCUAAAAUUUGGGGGUUAGCCAAAUUUAUUUAUUUUUUUGUAUAAUGAUGUAAUACGGCUCUCGUGACUUUUGCUCUGAACAAAGCCAGGUAAAAGUAGCCAUUGAUAUCUAGAAUAUCUUAGAGAAUCGCUCUAUAGACGUUGCUGUCGAAGUUAUGACCGUGAAAUUGCAUUUGAAAAAUGGUAAAUUUUUUUUUGGGGGGGGGGGACCAUGGCCCCUCAGCCCCCCUGGCUAUGCCUAUGCUCUACUGUUAUUUUGGCAGCAUGGUAUGUGCAUAAAGCGUUUGCUUAGAAAUAUGUUUCUAGAUUUUUUGUCCCAUUAUGCAUUUACACUUAUAAGUGAUUAAUUAUUGCCCGGUAUACAACUCAUCGUACUAUUAUGGUGUUUGAAAGGUACCUAAUUUAAUGUUGAACAUAAAACUAGUUUACAUUGUUUGAUGAAAUUACUAUUUCUGUAUUCUUGUUAAAUAUUAUAUCAUGUUAAUAAUUUCGUAAUAAUAUUAAUAUGGCACAUAAAUUUUGCUCUUCGUUGCUACGUUUUUUUUUUACUAUUUUCUUAAUUUUUAUUUUGUUCCAUACGAUAAGAUUGCUAGUCAAAAGCGUGCUUUGCUCAUUGAAAAAAAUUGUAAAGUCGGCUCUGUAUAUUUCAGGAAUGUUUUUGAUAGACAAAUUUGUUGUUAUUUUCGUACUGUGUUAGUUAUUUUCUCACAGUUGUAAAUAUCUCAAUAAAAUGCCAGUGGAAUGUUCA